UUGUGCACCAGUUUGAACGUUUCUCUUCAUUUAUAAAUAAAGAUUGAUUCAGUACUUUUUCCCUUGCAGGGCUCGCUCAGGAAAGAAUUCCCCGUCAACAUCGGAGGCAGCGACGUUUGUUUCUUCUGCCGAAAACGCGUGUACGUGAUGGAAAGGCUGAGUGCCGAGGGGAAGUUCUUCCAUCGCAGCUGUUUCAAGUGCGACUACUGCGGCACGACUCUACGGCUGUCCUCUUACGCGUUUGACGUCGAGGACGGAAAAUUUUACUGCAAGCCCCACUACUGUUACCGCCUGUCUGGGUAUGCUCAGAGGAAGAGGCCUGCUCCCUCUGCUGCUCCAGUCACAGCCAAGGAGAAUCAGACCCCCCAAAUACCUACUACGACCGUGGAUGCCCCUGGAAGGGCGAUGGCAGCAGCUGCCCCCUCGGCUGACCUCCAACCCUCAGUGCUGGAAGUGAACGGCCUGCAGGAACCGAGCCUAGCUAAACGCCUAAAGGGAACUCCAGAACGCAUUGAGCUGGAGAACUACCGUCUGUCCCUGCAGAGGGAGGAGGAGCUGGAGGAGGUGCCUGAAGAGACGCUGGCGGAGCACAAUCUGAGCAGUGUGCUGGACAAGGCCACAGAUGCUGACCUGGGUUCUAGUAGCUCAGAGUCAGACAUGGAAGAGGAGGACGAGCAGGAGGAUCAAGAAGAGGUGGAGGAGCAGCUUCCCAGCCCGUCAGACCUCGGCGGCGUUCCGUGGAAGGAGGCGGUAGAGCUCCACGCCAAGCUGAGGGGCGAUAACUGCGAGGAGGGAGAGGGUGACGCUUUGGCUGACACGGGCAGCAGAGACGGGGAAGUAGAUGAAGAGGAGGAGGAGGACGAGGAGGAUGAAAAUGAGGCCGAAGAAGAUGAGGAGUCGAGCGAAGAGGGGGAUUACUGGCCCUGGGAUAGAGAGCUCCAGUCAGGCCUUUGGCUGGAGAAGUACCUUACAGACGAAGAGGAUGUUGGUACAUUUAAAGCGAGGAAUCUCCACAUCCGACAAGUCCUGCAGCCUGUGGAUCCCAGCGCCAUUCCAGGUUUGAGAGCACAUCUGGAGUCUGAGGGAGACAAGGAUGAUGGCCAGCUGGCCUCAGCCUCCCAACUCUCCCAGCCCUCUGAGCUCACGCAGCCCUCCUCUGCAGCCCCUGCCCACACAUCCGCCCGACACGAGGCAGUGAGAGUCUGGUUGGAGUCCCUGUCUGGAGGUAGCACAGACUCUAAAGGGAUCCCGACAUCCCGUCUUAGACUCCUAUUCUGUCUGUCAGCUGGGCUGGCCUCUUUUCAUGGAGCAUGCACAAACACAUGCAGAGACCAGUAAACUCACAAGCAUGCCUGCUGUAAGGCUGUCGCUCAAGUGUUUUUCUCUCCUGGGUUCAGAUCAGCACUUGUGUUUCACCUUUUGUAACCAAACCUCACAUUCUACUCUUCUAAUUUCCAAAAUAUGUAUUUUCCUUUGCACUCGCUCUGUAUGUUGUGCUGUAAAGUAAUAUAUUCCGGGGAGUGAGUUAUCAAGCUUUGAAACCACAAGGCACCACAGCUUUGGGAGCUCGCCUCUUAAUGGCACUUGUACUUGCAUUAAGUUCACAGAAUGUGGGUGUUGAAGUACAUUAUCAGCUGAUUAAGAGCUUGAAUGAAUUGAAUGAGAGUCCUGCACCUCUGUUUGAAGUCCUCGUGUAAGCCUUGAGUUCAGGGUUAAAGGCCCAGCAAAGACCUCCGGCAGAGAUCAGACCAAUUACAAAGAUCUUUUAGUAGUUUAUGUGCCCGUGCACUC